AUGACAGAACGACGCGACCACAAAAUGGACCCAGCGGACUCAGGUUUUGCCACGAAGGAGGAAAUGCUCAAGCAGUUGAAGGAUUUCUGCCGAAGCGUAAUCCACGCUGCAGACAAGCCCAAGAGACUUAUUCAGGGUCCGAGGGACCCGUCCGGCCUUCGUCGUCAGUCUUCGCUGGAGGGUCCGAGGGACCCGUCCGGCCUUCGUCGUCAGUCUUCGCUGGAGGGUCUGAGGGACCCGUCCAGCCUGCAGCCUCACCGCCUCUGCUGCAGCCUCACCAUCCUCGCCAGCCGCAGCGCCUCCGUCUCCGGCUUCCACGCCGUCGCCUGCCGCAGCCUCAUCGUCCUCGCCAGCCGCAGCCUCAUCGUCCUCGCCAGCCGCAGCCUCAUCGUCCUCGCCAGCCGCAGCCUCAUCGUCCUCGCCAGCCGCAGCCUCAUCGUCCUCGCCAGCCGCAGCCUCAUCGUCCUCGCCAGCCGCAGCCUCAUCAUCUUCGUCCUCGCCCGUCCAGCCUCCCGUCUACAUCACCGCCUGCAACAGUCCCGCUGCCAUCAGGUUCCGCGUCUUCAUCCGCGCCUGGCCCAGCCUCCGCGUCUUCGCCUUUGCCUUCGUUUGGUCCAGCCUCGUCUGAUUCAGCUUCGUCUGGUCCUGCGGUUGCCACGCCGUCGUGGGACCUGGUCCGUCCUGUUCCGCCUCGCCUCUGCCGGCCGCUUUCCGGGCCUCUGGGUUGGCGUCGUGGUCGUCGAGGACGGCCUCCAGAUGGAGUUCGUCGCCACCGUUGGCAUCGCGGCCGACCUCCGGAUCUGCUCAGUGGCCGCCACUGCCUUCCAAGUGGCCGGCCUCCUGAUUGGCUUUGUCUGCAUCGCCGCCGUUGCCGUGUGCACGGUCGGCCCCCGGAGCCUUUUGCCCGUCGCCGCCGUUGCCGUGUGCACGAAGUGGGAUUCCAAGAGCAUGGCCACUAUUCUGAAAGAGGAAGAGGAGCUGAGGAAGAUUGAGGAGCUUAUCACUUGCCUGGAAGCGGUGAAUGGAUCCCGACUGAAGAAGCAGGGGGAGCUCCGGGCAGCAGCAAGCCAGCCAGUGGAAGAUCUGUGGGGCUUACCAGAUGGAACCUCACAGCCCCGCCCACUGGGAAGCUGUCGGAGCAGCCAAGGCAUGCUGCAGGCUCCAGGACCACGAGCAGCCAGCCAGCCUCCGCUCAUGGUGGUGCUGGGGAGCAGCACACCCUCACUGCUGGCAGCCGAGGGGGACAAGGCCAACUGUCUCCAGGACCCAGUACAGCUGCAGCCGCCAUCCGGGGCUCCUGUCCGGGGGAGCAUGAAGCUGCCACGCUAUAAUGGGGAAGCACCUCCAGAGACCUACCUUAUCCAGGUACAGCUGGCUGCUCAGCUAAAUGGAUGGUCAACAGAGGAGACAGCUGUUCAAGUCGCCCUUGCCUUGGAAGGCAGGGCACUACAGAUCCUCACAGAUCUUCAGCCAGAAGAACGUUUAAGUUGGCCUGCUGUUGCCAGAGCAAUGCAGAGCAGGUUUGGCCUCCGUACACAUGCGGAUGAUGCCCGAGAUAAACUUGCUAGCCGCCCACGGAGACAAGAGGAGAGUCUGGGUGCCUAUGCUGCUGACCUAUGUCUUUAUGCACGUAGAGGGUACCCUGCUUUUGAUGCUGCAGCGCAAGAAGAGCUUGCUCUCCAGGCUUUUGUCCGGGGUCUCCAGCCAAAACGACUACAAGAGCACAUCCGUCUGCAUGCACCAGAAACCCUGGCGGCAGCUCUAACUGAGGCCGAAAGAGUGGAGCAUGCCGGAGUCCUCCCUGGUACUGACGGCCCAAGACCGCAGGGUUGGCAACCUACUCAACUCCACAUCACCAAGGAAGUCCCGCUGCCUGCCUCCACUUUUUCAGCCAGCGUCAGGAAGCCUGAGGACCUGUCACCACUGGCGGUGGAAGGGGCCUCUCCUUCACCAGCGGUACAGCAACUGUCCACAGAGACCAAGCUAGCUGUCGAGGACCUAUACCAGAGGAGCUGCGAGGGUCUCCAGGCUGAUCAGCAACGGCAGCUGCGGGAGAUACUCGACUUGUUUGCCGACAUCUUUGCAGCCAAGGAUGAGGACUGCAUGCAAACCAGCCUGGUACAACACGACAUUGACACUGGGGAUGCACAGCCCAUCUGCCUCCGCCCUCGUCGCCUUCCCUUGCCAAGCGUGGCAGCAGAGCAGAAGGUCAGGGAAAUGGCAGAGGCAGGCAUCAUAGAACCCUCAAACAGCCCCUGGGCGGCCCCAGCCGUACUGGUUCGGAAAAAGGAUGGUACCUGGCGAUUUUGUGUCGACUAUCGUCUACUCAACAGCGUCACUCGCAAGGACUCCUACCCGUUGCCCCGGAUUGACGAUGCCCUCGACGACAUUGCUGGGUCCUGCUGGUUCAGCUCCCUCGAUUUGCGCAGUGGCUACUGGCAGGUGGAGCUGACGCCAGAGGCCCGCCCAAAGACUGCUUUCUCCAUUGGCCAGGGACUAUGGCAGUUUAAGGUGAUGCCCUUCGGCCUCUGCAAUGCCCCAGCCACAUUUGAGCGCCUAAUGGAGAGGGUUCUGGCUGACAUUCCCCGCGACUGCUGUGUGGUCUACCUGGAUGACCUCCUCGUCCACGCGACAGACUUCGAGAAAGCCUUGGCUAACCUGACUGCGGUUUUCCAUGCUAUCCGCCAGGCUGGCCUUCGUCUCCACCCCAAAAAGUGCCACCUCUUCCGAAAGGAGACAACCUUCUUGGGUCACGUUGUCAGCGGAGCAGGGGUUUCCACCGACCCUGCAAAGGUGGCUGCUGUGAAGGACUGGCCCAUUCCGGGCAACCCUGCUGAGUUGCGGAGCUUCCUUGGCCUGGCAUCAUACUACCGGCGGUUCGUCAAGGACUUUGCUACCAUUGCAAGCCCCUGCACCAGCUCACACAAAGGGCGGGAGUUCCGCUGGAGUGAGGACUGUGCCGUGGCAUUUGAUCGGCUCCGAUCUGCACUGGUUGAGGCACCGGUGCUGGCCUACCCAGACCUGCAGCUUCCUUUUGUCGUGGACACCGAUGCCAGCAACACGGGUGUGGGGGCUGUACUGUCGCAGGAAGGCCCUGAGGGGGAGCGGGUCAUCUCCUACUACAGCCGUUCCCUCAGCAGACCGGAGAGGAACUAUUGUGUCACCCGUCGAGAGCUGCUGGCCAUCAUCCUGGGUCUCCACCAUUUCAGACCCUACCUCUACGGGAAGAAGUUCCUCCUGCGCACAGACCAUGCGUCCCUCACUUGGCUGCUCAGCUUUAAAGAACCGGAGGGACAGCUAGCCCGGUGGUUGGAGACGUUGCAAGAUUACCACUUUGAGGUUCGUCAUGACUUCAUGUUGGAUUGGGGCUGGUCAGAGACCAUCAUGGCCAGAAGUAUCUGCACUGGACCUCGAGACCAAGGCUCUCUACUCCCAAUGGGCCAACCUCACAACGGCCUCCUCUAUCGCCGCUGGCAGGCUCCCGGGGGUCACCGUGAGGUCUUCCAGCUCUUGGUACCUCAACAGUUGCGGUCCAGGGUCCUCCAGCUGGUCCAUGGGGCGGCGGGGGCAGGACACUUUGGAGUUACCAAGACUCUGCGGCGACUUCGGUCUCGGUUCUACUGGCCCGGGUGUCGCCAGGACGUAGAGCUCCAUGUCCAUCGGUGCGAUGCCUGCACGGCUCAGAAAGGGCCUUCCCAACGCUCUCAUGCCCCCUUGCAGCAGUAUCAGGUGGGGGCUCCCAUGGAGCGGGUUGGUGUGGACAUCCUGGGACCCUUCCCCACCACAGACCAGGGGAACCACUAUGUCCUGAUUGCCAUGGACUACUUCACUAAGUGGCCUGAGGCCUAUGCAGUCCCUGACCAAAGUGCUGUUACCACCGCUGAGCGUCUGGUCAACGAGAUGUUCUGCCGGUUCGGGGUACCAGAGGAACUGCACAGCGACCAGGGCCGGAAUUUUAAGGCUGCGGUGUUUAAGGAGGUCUGUCAGCGGCUGGGUAUCAGGAAGACCCGGACGACGCCACUGCACCCCCAAAGUGAUGGGUUGGUGGAACGCUUCAACCACACCCUGGCCACCCAGCUUGCUAUCCUGACCUCCCGCCAGCAGCGUGACUGGGAUCAACACCUUCCCCUGGUCCUAAUGGCCUACUGUUCUGCAGUCCAGGAAUCUACUAAGUGCACUCCAGCGGCCUUGAUGUUCGGUCAUGAGCUUCGUACCCCAGUGGACUUGGUGUUUGGAUCCCCCCCCGAGCAAGAAGUGUGCGGGGACCCCGGGUUGGGCUACCUCCACAACCUCCUCGCCCGGCUACGUGAGGUGCACCAGUUGACCAGGCAGGCUCUCCGAGAUGCAGGCUCCUGGCAGAAGCGAGCUUAUGAUACCCGCUGCAAGGGUGAAGGACUCUUGCCAGGUCAGCAUGUGUGGGUCUACAGCCCGGAGAGGAAGAAAGGGCUUUCCCAAACUGAUGAGCCAGUGGGUUGGACCCUGCACUGUUCUCGAGAGGCUGUCCGGCGUGGUCUACAGGGUGUGGCUGGUCAAAGCGGAACAGGGUGGUCGUACUCCAUCGUGAUCGCCUGGCACCCUAUCAGCCCUUGA